GAGACAUUACACCACAAGCCAGUCAUCGGGGCUCUCUGCUUACCAGGGUGUUACUGUAUUGCGGAGUGAGCAUUGCUGCAAUACCGAUCCUAUUCUUCACCUCAGUGGUUCCCAACCAGGGGUACGCGUACCCUUGGGGGGUACUCAGAGGUCUUCCAGGGGGUACAUCAACUCAUCCAGUGAUUUGCCUAGUUUUAUAACAGGCUACAAAAAACCCACUAGCGAAGUCAGUACAAACUAAAAUUUCAUAGAGACAACGACUGGUUUAUCCUGCUCUAUCUCCUACACACGGAAAUAGAUGAACAUGGUGAGCAGCACCAUAUAAGGCAUUGACCACUUUCUACGCUGCCCGACAAACCUGCUUUGGAACUAUCUUUCUUUGGGGUGGGAUGCCUAGACAUUUGAUGUUGGACUUUUCAGAAAUGGCAUCUGAAAUCUCACCAAAGUGCAGACUUGAGAGCUUUGAAAGAAGUGGGAGCUCGGAGAGUCGAAGCACCCACUCUAGGUGCAGGAAUUUUACCUUGGAUGAUGAAAGUCUCCAAUACCUAACCCAUGAGGAGAAGGAUGUUCUCCUGUUUUUUGAAGAAACCAUUGAUUCUUUAGAAGAUGACUUGGAAGAACAGGUCCUACAUGACAGCGGUAUCCAUGGUCACUCCCCAAGAUCAACGGACGAAAAUGCUUCCAGCCAUUCAGAAUCGGAAGAGAUCAUUGACUUGGUGCAAUCAACCUCUGAGAACAGUGAUCACAAGUGUACUCCGAACAGAGAAGUAGCAACAGUGUCAGAGGCUGCCAGGAGAACAGAUGAUCCUAAGCCAGAGGGCAAUGAGCUGCCUGAGAAGAUUCCACCUCCUGAUGCUCCGCCAAGCCACCCUUCAGCUCCUCCAUUGAUAAGCGAUGAGACAGUUCUUGCUCCAUGCCCCGUGCAGCACCCCAAGCUUCAUCAUGCCAUCCCCACUCCACUUAUCUUGGCUCAGAAAAUGUCCGAGAAGCAAGAUGAGACAAGGACAUGCUCUCCCACUUCCCCCAAGGAGGGGAAGCCUGUGGAGUGGAGAAAAGCCCCAGUGCAGAACGGAGACUGUUUCCCAGCUCUUAAGCACCCUCUGCUGCCUGCACCCAAAUCCUACCGGUUUCCAAGUAAUAUCAACAUAACCAAUGCAGGUGGGAAGGAAUUCAACCAAACUAUCUCUAAGGCAGCAGUCAAUGUGCAGGUGCGCAAGGCCCAGGUGCUGGCCAACAUGAACGGAGCAGCCUUUGGGACAGCUGAAAUAGAAGAGAGGUGGCAGAAGAAUGAGCUCUUGGUUCGCAGCAGAAGCUCCUCCUUAAGAGAUCUAACUUCUGAGCAAACCCGAUACGACGCUCUGACAAAACUAGGCCUGGCGAAGGAAAGGCCAAGUCUAGUCCAACAAUAUCGUGCCCCAAACACACAGAAGAUACAGGACUCGCAGGAAGAACAGGGAGAGACUUUUUCUAAUGGGGAUCAAAAUAUCCACGCAACCUUAAAAUGCGAUCCCAGCCCUUUCCUUCCUAUGGGCAAGACCGUGAAGAUCAAACCAGACACAGCUCUCGCCAGGGACAAGGUUGCUCGACAGAACGUUGCCAAAAGGUUUUAUGACCAUGGGCAGCCCGACUUAAAUCUGGAGAUGAGAAAGAGGUCAGGCUCACUGCCGAGACCUUCGGGAUUUCGACCCCAGGGGAUAACAGUACAGUUUUCCGGCCGAGGCUCAACAGAAGAAGCCAGGAAAGAGGCUCUUCGGAAACUGGGGCUGCUGAAAGAGACAAUCUGAAAAUCUGACAGGACCAUCCUGACACCUGGGGGCAAGCGAAUGGAUUGGCUUUGUGUUGGAGCAGUCAAACAGGUUCCGGUUUAAAAGGAAACUGGGAGAACAAGGGGCAAUUCUGUGCUCCUGCAACCCCAGGAGGUAUUAAAUAUUGUACAAUCGCAGGGACUUGCUGUCUUCACACCAAGAGUGGCACCCUGGCGGGUUCAACACUACAUCCCACCAAGUUACCCGUCUGAUGUUCAGUGACUUGUGCAGACUUUUUCUUUCUAAAGUCCUGGCUGUAGCAGAGGGCAUUGCAUUAAUGAAGUGUUCUGUGCAGUAUUUUUUUUUUUUUAUUGUACGUAGAUGACAAAUCAAAUGGAGGAUUUUCCUUAUGUUGUACCAUUCUGAAGCCAAAAACUAGAUAGAUCCGCGUGUGUGUGUGUGUGUGUGUGUGUAUGAUAUACUAUAAUUGAAGUCUUCGACCUGUCUCACAAAAUUCCAUGACUUUUCUUUCCUAUGAUAUUGUAUUACCUAGCUCUGCCCAUAUUGAUACAUAACAGGUGUUGGAAUCUUCCUUCUCCUCACUCUGCCCAAAAUCUCAGCUCAAGCAUGUCUCUGACUUGUGCCUCCUUACAGAGGGUGGUUUCCCAUUUGGCCUUCUCUCGGACAUAGAGGCCCAGGCUUGGAGUGGGUAACUGCAUUGUUCUGCCACUUAAUUUGAACAUCACCUCUCCUCCUAAGCAGUUGCUUCUUGAGCAUCUAGCGACCUACUGGGUGUACAGUGACAGGCACCAGCUAGCUCUCAAGGAUACAUGCAGUGUGUUCAUCGUGUUCCUCUGACAACCAAAGAGUAACUUGACAAUCAGGAAGCUAAACCUUCAUAUACCAGAAAUGAUGACCAGAGAAGCCAUAGGAACAAGUUAACUUUGUACCCAGAGUCAGAGCCUUCUGUUUAAUGUCUUAUUUUAAACAAGAGUUCAGUGGAGGAAACCUCAUUGCUCUGAAACAGUAGUUCUACUCCUCUGAGCAGCUGUGGCUCAGUGCUGUUAUUUUUAUUAACUCCCCCUCCCCCCCCCCCCCCCCGGAAUCUUUCCUAUGCUCAUCCCUAUACUGUGUUGAGAGCCCUAAUUCCCAAUUCUGAGAUGUACCUUUCUUGGCAAAAAUCAGCCUAUCCUGCUAAUGCAUCACCAAAGUUAGAACCAGAAUCCUUGUACAUUAAACAGAAUUAAAGGCACUUGUAUUUACCAACACAUGGAGACUUCCAAAAUUCUGUCCAGUUGCCAAUUUCCUGUGCCCAACAGACAGAGUUUAAAGGCGGUGUGAACAUUAUUUAUUUAUUUUUAAAUGUUAGAAGGGAUUUACGUCCCAUAUGGCAAAGUUACUCUUCCUAAACAAAAUACCGGUAACUCAUUUUCUCCUUCCAUACGUAUCCCAGAAUACUUUAGAUUCCAAACUAGCUUCUAUUCUUAAUGACAAAGUAUCUGACUCUAUUUACUCAUCUUUAUUUUUGUACAUUUGUAAGAGGCCCAAAAUGUUUAAUUUCUCCUAAAGGUGAAGAUAACCCCAGUCUCUCUCUC